AUGGACUUUCACAUCUACAUAGCCGUUAGUCGCCGUCAACGAUAUCGCAAAAAAAACGUAAUGUAUGAUAGAAUUAUAAUGUUGACUCGUGAGACGAUCGUUCGAUAAACUGAUAACGCACGCACACACGCGCGCGCGCGCGCCUCCUCGUUUAUCGCUUAAUUGGCGCGCAAGUGUAAUGAACAGGCCUCAACCCUUGGCCGAGCAAUUUUGUCUCGUCAACGAAACGACCUGAGCGACUCGGAGUGUCAGCCGCGGUUAAACGAAUUAAUUCGUUUGCGCCUCUCGCCGAGCGAGUUCUUGACAGCCGCGAGCAAUCAAGUAUGCUCAUUGAAUUACGCCAAUUAUCUCGAGAACGACCGAUCGUAUCGCGCUAAUUAGUCACAGCCGCAAGCAACUCAUCGCUGUUCUACAAACAGAAUGGCGGCAGCAGGAUAAUCCUAGUGAUACAGAUCAAUUUACAAUGAUCCAUAUUGUUAACAUCUAAGGCACAGCAAGCUGGAGCAUUUAAUGUUGAAGAUGCACUGGUUGGCUAUGAUAAUGUGUCUGUAUGCUGGACUAGCUAGUGCACGUACAGAAGAAGACCAGCAGGCAUCAAAUACAGAUGGGAUUCCCAAUUCUCCUCCAGUGCAAUGUUUCUACAGACAAGCAGCGGAAUGUCCAAACAUAGGGGUAAAUUCAAAUGAAUGUCCUUGCAAGAAGAUUACACUAGCCAAUGUACCUGAACCCCAUGCUGCGCUCUGCUGUAACAUAAAUAAUCAGACUCUGGACCAUGCUCGCUCUUGUAUGGGAUUCCCUUGGUCGAACAUAAGCUAUGUACAUAUACGUAAUGCAACCUUGGAGACAUUCACAGCAAAUGAAGUUCGGUGGAGGACGCUGAAAUCAUUGGCUGUGACCGAUGGCAAGAUUGGUCAAGUGAAGGGGCAGUUUUUCAUGAAGACACCCAUAGUGUGCCUAAAUCUUUCGAAUAAUGCAUUGGCUGAAGUAGAGAAUAACUCAUUGACGCGGUUAGAGCACCUUGCUACUUUGGAUCUGUCUUAUAACAACCUCACUCACCUUCCAGCUUUGAACACAAACGGUCGAGAAUUCUGGCUAGAUAUCUCAGGGACAAACACACUCUGGUGCCACGACAUAUACCAAUAUAUCAACAGAACGGGCGAGAUGCAAAUCACUUUUAAUCGCGAAAACGAAACGGUGUGUUCCGCCAGCAAAACAUGGCAUUGGUUUAACACCACUGAGCAAGUGCCACUUAAGCAAGUCCGUUAUCUCAGCUCGUUGCAAACAGAAUGCCCGAAAGGCGACACUUGGCAAUGCCAGUGUAAUGUCAGCAGGCUGGACAUUGUUGAAGGCAAGCCGCCCACCUUUGCCGUAUACGUGGACUGCAGCGGCAUUCAAUUAACAGAAUUGCCGGAAAAAUUGCCGCGCAAUACUAUAACGCUCAAUGUUUCCUACAAUAACAUCACCGUAUUGGACGAUCUAAGUACCAACCCGUGUUACGAGGAUCUACGCGAGUUUUAUGCAGAUUACAAUAAUAUUACGUCGAUAAACAAGUUGGAAGGUUCCAAGUUUCUGGACAAUUAUGCCCUCUUGAGUCUACGAUAUAAUAAAAUUAAAUCACUGCCAACAUAUAUUCUAAGUGCAAACGUGUACAAUAAGAAUUUCGCGACUCUGAGCUCGCGAUUAGUCAAACUAGGUGGCAACGAGUUACAUUGUGAUUGCAACACUGCCAAAUUUUUAAAGACGCGGAUAUUGGACGCCGACGAGGUGAUGUGCGAAAAUGUGAAGGAGAAAGUUGUAGAUCUAGACGCAUCAAAAAUGUGCGUGUAUCCGGGAGACUGGACUGAUUAUAUAUAUUAUAUUAUCGGUAUCGAAGUGAUGAUUCUCAUCGGCUUGAUAGUCAAAGUAUCGUAUGAUUAUUGGGUGUUGAAGACUGCAGGAUAUCUUCCGUGGCCGGCAAAUAGAAUGCCGAAAUUACCUUGUGAUUGGCUGUGCGAAAGAUUCACAAAAUAAUCUCAGUAUGUACAAGUCCAUGACAAGCGUUUGAUAAAUAUUUAUACUACUUAGAGCGUGUGCAAUUGUUAAACAUUGAAAAGUACAUUAUAAUGCAUAUUAUGUUUUUAUACUUAACAACGAUAAUCUGAUAUAGUCCACAUGUAUAUUGAUUAUAUUGAAGUUUAUCGCUGGCCAUCUCGUAUUCGGGAUUUGCGAGUUUAGACGAGUGACUAUAAUAUAAUCGCGCAUCUAGUGUGCAAUACGAAACGUAUAUAUUUUUACAAGAGGAAAGUUUUUUAUUAAAAAAAAAAAGAGUAAAUCA